AUGGAGGAGGAGAGAGGGAUGGACGAGGUAGAAGAGAGAGAGAGAGGAGAGGAAGGGAGAAUAAAUGAUCACCCUGACUGCGUGGCUCAUGGGCUCCAGAGCCUCUGCUCGUGCUGCCCUGAGAGACCGAGAGGGCCUCUGGGCAGCUCGGCUGAGCGCUGUGCCUCUCUGCAGACGCCCGGCUGUGAGGACAGCGCGGACUGUCGCUGGUCCGCCGUCUCCUGGGACGCCCUGGCGCUGCCCGACCCAGAAGCGGUGUCCGCCGACCCGCCUGGCGCCGCGCGGCCCACCUGCGACUCCAGGCCCAGCUCAGGGUUCUACUCGGUCAGUGGCAGCUCCCUGUCGGCCUCCUGCGGCUCCGUCUGCAGCGAGGGGCCCGGGGGGCCCUGGGCUCGUCGCCCGCACUCCGCCGACCACAGCGCCGCCCAGUGGCCGGGGGCCAGACUGCAGCCCGCCCCUCUCCAGCAGACGCGGCCCGAGAGGGGGGAGCGGAGGCCGGUGUCCACAGGUGACCUGGAAAUACUCCGCGGCUUCCUGUCGCUCUCCGACCUUUGCCCCGGGCUGGGGGGCAGGUCCCCAGGGUCGCCCUCCACUUCCUCGCACCGCCCUCCAGCGUCCUUCUGCUGGGACCCCCGAUUCCCGCUGGACCCCAAGUUCUGCUCGGACCUGGUGUCGCGGAAGACCAAGGAGGUGUACCCCUACCCCAGCCCCCUCCACGCGGUGGCGCUGCAGAGCCCCCUGUACGCGCCCUGCGGCGCCUCGAACCCCGAGCCGGAUGAGGGUGGCGGGGGGGAGGAGGUGCCCAGGUGUCCCUGCGGCCCCAGCCCUCCGGACCCUCCUGGCCCGGCCCGGGCAGAUCGCUACAUCGGCCAGCUGCUCCGGCGGUACCGGCGCCGGCCCGGCUCGGUGCUGCUCUCCGCCCUGGACCCCGGCCCCGCGGGCCGCUGGCAAGCGAAGAGCCUGUCGCUGUCGUCCGUCUGCAGCGGCAGUACCUCCUCCACGCUGACAGGGGGCGCCCUCCCCUCCGUGCCCUCGCUGGGCUCCCUGGGCAGCUCCGGGAGCACGCCCCAGGCCGUGUGGGGGGGCAGGCGCUGGGUCCCCAGCCCCGCCGAGGAUGAGGAGGGCCGCUCGGACAGGGGGGGCUCUCUGAGGGGGCUCGGGGGGGACGGCCUGUACCGCGGGAAGCACUACUCGCGCGUCCUGGUGCGGGCCGCCACGCUCGUCAGGAAGUCGUUCGAGGACGUGCACUCGAAGACUCACAGCCGUGAGGCUCUGUAA